AUGACUCCUCGUCCCCCGCCCCCCGUUCACGCCCACAAACCAAGUCUGACCCCAUCGGUCGACACCUGCAUGACACAGGAGACCCUGGGGAAACGGUGGCCGACCUGGACGGCCCCGACCGACCUCGAGGCGCAACGGCCGGCGCAUCCCCCCGGGGCCACGCUGCGAUAUCUGCUGCUCACCAUCUACCGCCGGCUGUUCUCGCUCGUGUACGCGGCCAAUGCGGUCGCCUUUGUGAUUGUCAUGGCCGAGAGCCGUGAGAAACUGCUGGCGUUUGUCAACGCCGCCAGCAUCAAUCUACUGGUGUGCGGGCUGGCGCGACACCCGAUGAUGGUCAAUGCCAUCUUUCGCCUCAUCUGUCGCAUCCCGCGGUCGGCGCCGCUGGUCCUGCGCCGCAUGGCCGCCAAUGCCUACCACUACGGCGGCGUGCACAGCGGCUGCGGGGUGGCCGCCUUCCUCUGGUACGCAGGGCUGGUUUCCCUGAUCUCGCGCGAGUACUGGCUCUUCCCCGACGCCGGACGCAUCUCGCCUGCCGUCGUAGCGCUCGCCUACGUGCUGCUCAUCGUGCUGAUGGCCAUCAUCGCCGUGGCUUACCCGACCUUCCGCACGAAGUGCCAUGAUUACUUCGAGCUGACCCACCGCUUUUGCGCCUGGCUGGCCGUCGCCCUGUUCCUGACCCUGCUGCUGGUGUUUGCGGACCGCGCCCGCCGUGCCGCCGGCGUGAGUCUGGGGCGAUAUCUGGUGGCGACGCCCGCCUUCUGGUGCGUCCUGGCCAUCAUCGCCGUCAUCGUCCAUCCCUGGCUGCUGCUGCGACGCGUGCAGCUGUGGCCCGAGCACCUCUCGCCGCACGUUGUCCGGCUCCACCUCGACCACGCGUCCACGGCGUUUGGCAAGGUCAUCGCCCUCUCCAGGCAUCCGGGGCAGGACUGGCACAGCUUCGCCACCUUCCCCGACCCGGACGGCCGCAGCUUCUCGUGCCUGGUGUCCAAGGCGGGCGACUGGACCACCCGCUGCAUUGACCAGCAACCCACCCGCCUCUGGAAGCGCGGCGUCCUCAUGUACGGCUUCAUCCACGUCAUGCGGCUGUUCAGGCGCGUGGUCGUCGUGACCACCGGCUCGGGCAUCGGCCCCUGUCUCUCCUUCCUCAGCGAGCCGAGCCGGCCGUCGCUACGCAUCAUCUGGCAGACGCGGAACCCAACCCGUACGUAUGGGCGCGACGUGGUCAAUCUGGUGCGGCAGCUCGAUCCGAACCCGUUGGUCAUCGACACCAACAGUAGCGGACGCGUGGAUAUGGUGCCCGUGGUCCAGGAAUUGGUGCGUGAGUUUGAGGCCGAAGCGGUAUGCGUGAUCAGCAACCCGGUCCUUACGAAGAAGGUGGUGUUUGAACUCGAGGCCAGUGGAGUGCCCGCCUUCGGGCCGAUUUUCGACUCUUAA